GUUCGGUGGCUUGCAAAUGCAAUGCAUGGCGGCUUCUCUAGGGCGAUCAUGUUCCUAUCAAGUAGGUCUCGUGUCAUCAGGAGACUGUUUACAACAAACUCAGCCAUUGCAUGCAUUGAACAUGGAGACCUUCUUAUAUUCCCUCAAAAUCCUUACCAAAUGUCGCUUAAAACGCAAUUGCCUAGUCAGGUAAACAUGUUUGAAGUCAAUUCUCAACUGAAGCAAUUAGUGAAGGAUGGUCAUUUACAGGAGGCGCGCAAAAUGUUCGAUAAAAUGCCUUACCGAGAUGAGAUUUCAUGGACCACUGUCAUCUCUGGAUAUGUCAAGGCAAUGGACUCCACCGAAGCUUUGGUGUUGUUUUCGAGAAUGUGGGUUGAGCCUGAAAUGAAAAUGGACCCUUUUAUACUUAGUCUUGCACUCAAGGCUUGUGCGCAAAAUGUUAAUGUUAAUUAUGGAGAAUCAUUACAUGGGUUUACCGUUAAAACUGGUUUAGUUAACUCAGUUUUUGUUGGUAGUGCCCUUUUGGAUAUGUAUACGAAAGUUGGAAAAUUUGAGCUGGGUUGUAGAGUUUUUUAUGAAAUGCCUAUGAAAAAUGUUGUAUCCUGGACUGCUAUUAUUACGGGGCUUGUUCGUGGUGGCUAUAAUAGUGAGGGUUUAGUUUACUUCUCUGAGAUGUGGAGAUCAAAGGUUGUGUGUGAUUCGUACACGUUUGCUAUUGCAUUGAAGGCGUGUGCUGAUUCAAGUGCUUUGAACUAUGGGAGGGAGAUUCAUACUCACACAAUAAAGAGAGGUUUUGAUAUGAACUCAUUUGUGGCAAAUUCUCUUGCAACUAUGUAUAACAAAUGUGGAAAACUAGACUAUGGUUUGUGUUUGUUUGAAAGAAUGAACACACGUGAUGUGGUUUCGUGGACGACAAUAAUAACAACUUAUGUUCAGUUGGGUCAAGAGGAUAAUGCUCUUGAAUCAUUUCUAAGAUUGCAAGAAUUAGGUGUAAAACCUAAUGAGUACACUUUUGCUGCAGUUAUCUCUGCAGCAGCUAACCUGGCAAAAAUUCCAUUGGGUGAGCAGUUACAUGCCCAUGUUUUAUGUUUAGGCCUACUUAAUUCCUUGUCAGUGGCCAAUUCCAUCAUGACUAUGUAUUCAAGAUGUGGCGAGUUAACUUCUACUUCUAUGGUAUUUCAUGAGAUGAGUCAGAAAGAUAUUAUUUCAUGGAGCACCAUAAUUGUAGGGUAUUCUCAAGGAGGUUGUGGAGAAGAAGCUUUCAAGUAUUUAUCAUUGAUGAGAAGGGAAGGACCAAAACCAAAUGAGUUUGCUCUUUCUAGCGUGCUGAGUGUGUGUGGAAAUAUGGCAAUUCUUGAGCAGGGAAAGCAAGUUCAUGCCCAUAUACUAUCAAUCGGGUUGGAACACUCAGCUAUGAUAAGAAGUUCUCUAAUCAACAUGUAUUCAAAAUGUGGGAGUAUUAUAGAAGCUUCACAAAUCUUCUAUGAAACUGAAAGUGCUGAUGUUGUCUCGUGGACGGCUAUGAUUAAUGGAUAUGCUGAACAUGGCUAUAGCAAAAAAGUCAUUGAUUUGUUCGAGAAGCUAACCAGAGUUGGGUUGAGGCCGGACUCUGUGACCUUCAUUGGUGUUCUUACCGCAUGUAGUCAUGCAGGACAGGUUGAUUUGGGCUUCCACUACUUCAAUCUGAUGAGUAAGGAAUACCAGAUAAAUCCUUCCAAGGAACACUAUGGCUGCAUGAUUGAUCUUCUUUGCCGAGCUGGACGACUUAGUGAUGCUGAGAACAUGAUCAAAAGUAUGCCGCAUCAAAGGGAUGAUGUUGUUUGGUCAACUCUGCUUCGAGCAUGUAGGGUCCAUGGUGAUGUUGAUUGUGGAAAACGUGCUGCGGAGAAGAUUCUUGAAUUAGAUCCAAAUUGUGCUGGAACACACAUCACCCUUUCUAACAUUUAUGCUGCACGAGGGAGAUGGAAGGAAGCAGCAGAAGUAAAGAAGAUAAUGAGAUCAAAGGGGGUUAUUAAGGAACCUGGAUGUUCUUGGAUUGAGUUUAAGGAUCAAGUCUAUGCAUUUGUUGCUGCUGAUAAGCGUCAUCCUUGCAGUGAAGAUAUAUACCUUGUGUUGGAUUUACUAGCUUCAAGGACAGAAGUUUCAAUCCAAGAAUUGGAUUCUCUUCUGCAUGAUGUUGAUGAUUAGCAGAAGCAGCGUCAUAUUGAGGCUGUCUUCUAUAUUCGGUUGCUUAUCAAAGGCUUUUAUUAAAGUCAACUGCAAGCUAGCACAUACAGAAAUUGCAAACAUGAAACAGCCGCGAGAGUUACCUCCCUACAAGCCAUUUUAUUGGGUGAUCAGAGCUUGUUUAUCUCCAACUAAAGAUAGUCUGCUAACUUUUUUGGCUUUUGGUAUCCAAUAUGUGUUUUGUCUUGGAUGAGCCAAUGUUAGAUUGCUCUCGUAGUAUUUUGAACUUCGGAACAAAGUACUGAUAUACAUUUUUUAUGAUUCUACUUUGAUUUUCUUCCA